GCGUUCUUCUUGUUGACAGUAUCUUUGAUUUUUUAAAAGUAAAUAGUGUGCCCAUUAAAUUAGUUAGUCUGUGAAGUUUUGGGGGCGUAGGCUGGGGCGCAAUUUAGGUUUGUUUAUGGUGGGGGUGGAAGUGAAUCCUUUAAAAACCUUUUAAAAAUUUGCUUACAAUUACAAUUUAUUAUUAGUGUUGAAGAGUGCGUAUUGUAACUGCAUAUUAAAUAUGGCUGCGAAUUUGGAUGAAGAACAGACACUUCGGGAAUGCGAGGCAUACGUUCAAAGGCAUAACAUUCAGCAAGUUUUGAAAGACUGUAUCGUCCAGCUAUGCGUUAGCAGGCCAGAGAAUCCUAUUUCCUUCUUAAGGGAAUAUUUUCAGAAACUGGAGCGGGAGCAGGCCCACGAUGCCAAGCAGCAGGCGGCCUCGCCAGAGGACACGGAGGACCUGUCCCCGCUCCCCUCAGCCGUCCAGCAACCCGCCCGCCGCCGCGGGGCCAUCUCGGCCGAGCCCGUCUCUGAAGAGGACGCCACCAGCUACGUCAAGAAGGUUGUGCCCAAGGACUACAAGACGAUGGCCGCUCUUUCGAAGGCCAUAGCAAAGAAUGUGCUGUUCUCCCACCUGGACGAGAAUGAACGCUCUGACAUUUUCGAUGCCAUGUUCCCCGUUACUUUCCUGCCCGGGGAGACCAUCAUACAGCAAGGCGACGAGGGAGAUAACUUCUACGUGAUCGACCAGGGCGAGGUCGAGGUGUUUGUGAACAAUGAGCUGGUGACUACCAUCGGUGAUGGAGGUAGCUUCGGAGAGUUGGCGUUGAUCUACGGAACACCUCGUGCUGCCACGGUCAGGGCCAAGACAGAUGUCAAGCUAUGGGGCAUCGACAGAGACUCGUAUCGUCGCAUUCUUAUGGGCUCUACCAUUAGGAAGCGGAAAAUGUACGAGGAAUUUCUUUCCAGGGUAUCUAUAUUAGAGAGCCUGGACAAGUGGGAGCGGCUGACGGUGGCAGACGCCCUGGAGACAGUGUCUUUCGAGGACAAGGAGACGAUAGUGCGGCAAGGAGAGCCCGGGGACGACUUCUACAUCAUCGUCGAGGGGACUGCGUUGGUGCUGCAGCACCGGGCAGAAGGCGAGGAGCCCAUAGAAGUGGGCCGUCUGGGACCCUCCGACUACUUCGGUGAGAUAGCUCUGCUCCUCGACAGACCACGUGCAGCCACUGUCGUUGCCAAGGGGCCUCUCAAGUGUGUCAAGUUGGACAGAGCAAGGUUUGAACGUGUGCUGGGGCCAUGCGCUGACAUACUGAAGAGAAACAUCACCCAGUACAACAGUUUUGUAUCACUAUCGGUCUAAAUCACAAACAGCCAAGCAUCAUCUAACCAAUGUAUUUUGUAGCACUUAGAAAUAAGCAAAGCGCUCAACAAAAUAAUGAUUAUUAUUUUCAAGAGUUGCAUUUAUUUUGUUGAUUAUGUUAUUAUUGUGUAUAUCACUCACCAAAAAGAAAAAGGAUGUAAAUUUAUAUUAAUAAAGGUGAUUUAACUGGU